AUGCUACUGACUGCGUCAAAGUUAUAUGUCAGACAUCCUGAACUUGCUGCUGCUAAGGCAAAUCGUGAAUAUGUUUUUAAACAAGUUUGUAAAGCUGUCGAUACAAUCAGUGAUGUAGCUCAGGGUAAAGGUCCAUCGAUCACUACCAAUCCUUACACGAAGCUUGAAGCUGAUCUGGAUGAUUUUGAUGAGCGUAUGGUAAUGGAACCUUUGGCUUAUUCUGAGGUAGCUACAAGACCAUCUCUUGAAGAAAUGUUAGGAAGCAUUAUAAGUGGUGCAGCGCUUAUGGCCGACUCUUCUUGCACAAGAGACGAGAGAAGGGUCCAAGAUCUUCUGUCGGAAUAUGUGGCUAAUAUGAGUAUUAAAGAACAAAGCGAAGGUUUGGAGAGAGCCAUUGGUCAUAUGUGUCGCAAGACGAGAUAUUUAAGAAGAGAGUUGAGGAAGGCAGUUGUCGACCAUGUUUCUGAUAGCUUUGUUGAAACCAGUGUCCCUUUACUGGUUUUAAUUGAAACUGCAAGAGCGGGUAAUGAGAAAGAUAUCGAAGAAUACGCAUUGGUUUUUCAGGAGCAUGCCAAUAAACUUGCUGAGGUUGCUAAUUUAGCAUGCUCUAUGUCUGGAAACUAG